AUGUUUCUUCCUAUAUGGAGUAAACGCAUUUUUACUUGGUACGACGGCGUAACUAACACAAGCGAACUAUUCAUUGGACGUUUAAAUCUAGUGACCAAUAAUAAUGAAUACGGAAAAGCAUCAGCAAAUCUUACAGCAAUACGUGAAUCGGACCAAGGCUCAUAUCACUGCCAAAUUAUUUUUACCAAUCGCACACCGAGCAUACGGAAUAAUGGCACAUUCUAUCAUUUAACCGUGCAAGGUGGUUCACUUAUUAAGAUACCGCCAGUGAAUCAAACGAUUAUGGAGGGUCAAACAGCUUUUUUCCAUUGCGUCAUGAAAUAUCCAGAAACGUCAACCGCCUCAUGGUACAAAGACGGAGUGCUGCUGCAAGACGUACAGGACUUGGUGCGGCGCUCAUAUAUGGGUCCAGAUGGCAGCCUCAGCAUUGAUCCCACCAUGAUGAGUGACUUGGGUGAAUAUGUGUGCAAUGUACGCAAUAAUGAGGGCGAAAUACAAACGGCCAAGGCUUUUCUCAACAUACAAUAUAAGGCCAAAGUGAUUUAUGCACCGCCAGAAGUGUAUCUGCCAUAUGGUCAGCCUGCGGUGCUCGAUUGCCAUUUUCGCGCGAAUCCACCAUUGAAGAAUUUAAGAUGGGAGAAGGAUGGCUUACUUUUCGAUUCGUAUAACGUGCCCGGCGUUUUUUACAAAAUGAACGGCAGUCUAUUCUUUGCGAAAGUGGACGAGAACCACGCCGGCAGCUAUACGUGUACACCAUUCAAUGAUCUAGGCACUGAUGGUCCAUCGCCCGUAAUUAGUGUAAUUGUAUUGCGCCCGCCAAUAUUCAGCGUAACACCGAAGGCGAUUUACAUACAAAAAUUGGGCGAAACUGCUGAACUACCAUGCGAAGCUAUCGACCGAGACGGAAACAAUCGUCCAACAAUUGAAUGGAAACGGAAGGACGGUUCACCACUCUCGGUUAGUAGACAUACAGUUAGUGGCGGCAAUUUGACAAUAACAAAUCUAAUUGAAUCCGAUCGUGGCAUGUACGAGUGUUCGGCGACCAAUGAGGCGGCAACCAUAACGACGGAAACCGAAUUGAUGAUUGAAAACAUUGCCCCGCGUCCCCCUUACAACCUUACAGCGAACAGCACCGAAACUGCCAUAACAAUACGUUGGCAACCAGAUGAUUUUUGUUUGCAUGUUUUGAAUCCAAAAGUAGGAUAUGUGCGUCCCAAUUUGGAGUACACGGUCUGGUAUCGUCUAACGGAUGCACCAGAAUGGCGCACCUUGCGCAUUUUACAAAGGAAUAUCAUGGAGGCUACCAUACAACAUCUGGUACCCGGACGCGAAUAUGAAUUUAUGGUGCUCAGUCAGGAUCAAUACGGUGACGGAAUGUUCAGCAAGCAAUUUCGAUUUUCAACGCAAGAAUCGAUCAUUGAGGCUUCCGAGGAAUUUUCAAAUUCACCACAUGAAACCAAUCAACUUUCGAGCACUCCAAGCGCACCUUGGAAUCUGAGUUUAAUCAAAAACCCACAAGGCUGGCUACUGCAUUGGGAGCAACCAAAACGCGGGCAAGAGCAUUUGGGUUUCUAUAUUGUCCGCUGGUGGAAGGAGCCUGAACAUUUUUUGAUUGGCACCGCUGAAACCUUCUCCAACUACUAUCAGUUGCGGAACCUCAAAGAAGAGGCCACAUUUCAAAUUCAAGUUAUUGUCAGCACCGCAAAUGGAGAGGAAAUACCCAGUGAGGUCUUGACCUUCGAAGUGGUUACACAUCGUAAAAUGCGUGCAUUAGUCAUCGGCAGCUCGGUCUGCAUCAUGUUCCUGCUCUGCGCGCUAUGCGCCUUCCUCUAUGUGAAACGCAAUUGCCUGCGGCACUUAUUCAGCGGUGACACCGUGGAUAUGGACGUCGAGGACAUCGAGAACUCAAAGGAGAGCGAUAAAAUCAACAACACUUGAGUAUAUGAAAUCAACUGGAAGUUCCAUAACUGAGCCUUAUUGGUAAUUGUUAAUUCCGCCAUUCAAGUUUCAUAUGCGAAGCGUAUUUCAUUUUUUUCGGUUUUAUUUUUUGAAAAAAAUUUUAAUAUUAAACUAAGUA